AUGCUGAUUUCAUACGGAGACUAUGGAAAGUGCGUUGGAUCUGAGUGCGACGGAGUACCGACUGGAACGGUCGAAAUUGAAGGAAGAAGACUAUGUGAAACCUGUGAAACAAAAGAGUAUGGCAGCGACUCGCCCGAAACCGAGAACUGCUCGGUCGUGUUGUCUUAUAGAGAGUCUGACGCAAAAUUCAAAUGCCUUGCCUACAAUGACGAAGAAAGCUGCAAAUCAAAGGAGGUUUCGUUCAAGGAUUUUUUCCUGGGAACAUGUUGCGAACCAGCUUCAAAAGUGCUGGUGGAGAAUGAAAAAGCCCAGGAAAAACAACUAAACGCUGUUCAUUACUUUUAUGAGGAUGAAUUAAAUUCUCUCAGAGGCACGAAGGAUGCUUAUGCGACUUCUAAAGCCAAGAUAACAAGACAAGGACGCAGUAUAAAACGACACGAAGGUAUCCUGGAACAGCUAAAGAAGCAAGCGGAAGAAGCCGAGAAAAAACUCAUAGAAGCCAAAAAGAAAGUUGUUGAUGAAGAAAAACUCAUAGAAAAAAAGAAGAAAUAUGUUGACGAAAAGAAACAGGAAAAUGAAUAUGACAAGGAAGAUUUUAUUCAUCGAGAGAAAGAGAAAAACGCUGUUCUCAAACGAUUCAAACAACUUUCAUACGAAUUUCAUCCAGUCGCCGCCAAGCUCUCUCUCGAUGAGGAGGUUGACGCAAAAGAAAGCAGAAAAGACUUCCAAUAUUGCAAAGGUUGUAACGAGGAUUACAACGAUACAGAUCGCCAAAAAUCGUUUUUGGCAAGGUGUGGCCAUGUUGCUUGCUACGAAUGCUUCAAAGAUGAAGCCGACGACGAGGAUCACCCAUACUGUCCCUUGCGUUGGGCUAGGGAUUGUCAGAUUAAGUUCCACCUACAUCAAGUCAAACCACUGUACGAAUAG